GAAAAUAUAAAAAUCAAAAUCAAAAAAUUAUGUAAAUUUUGUAAUUUUUGUUGAUUGAAAAUUGAAUGGCUAUUAUGAUUUUGAAAUGUAGCCUUUUAUUUUUAUAUUUCAUUCAAAUGAUUGUUGCUAAGAAUGUUCAUGAUGAAAUGUCAAAUGAUCGAAUUAUGAUACCAUAUAAAUCAGUAUAUGGUGCUCCAAGAAAAUGUAAAUUAACGUCCGAUCAUAAAACUACCGAAGAAAAAUAUCGAAAAUGUCAAAUAAAUGCCAUUGAUAAAUGGAAAAUAACAUUACAACAUUAUUACACCGAAAGUUGGGAUUUCUGCUGUUUCGUAUAUGAUGUUUUAAAAUGCGAAACAAAAGUUUUGUCUGAAUGUGAUCCAGACUAUUCCGAUCGUAAUGACAAAGAAACACGACUAUUGUUUGAUAAAUCAUGUCAACCAAUCAUAAUAAACAAUCCUUGUAACAAGGAUGAGGAUGGAGAAAUUGAUGCAAAGUCGAAAAAUGAUUCAAGUUUCUGGGAUGAAUUCAAUAAAGAUCCAGAAAAAUAUAAACAACCAACCGGUGUGAUGACAAAAACUAAAAAUUUUUUAAAAAAAUUAUGGCCGAAAAAGGAAGUAAAGAGUGAAGAACAACUGAAAAGAGAAGAAUUGAUUCGGUCGGAAGCUCGUCGACAGUAUGAAAAUAUUCAUAAUGUUGAUCAAUCUCAAUCAACAAAACCGGAAAAGUUGAAAAGUUUGAUAGUAACAGAAACCGAAGACACCGAUUCACUAUUGACAAAAAUGCUCAACAUUUUAAAUCAAGAACAAGUCGAUGUCCAUCAUGAAAUGAUAAAAAUUACAGACUUUCCUAAGUCCGGAGAGAUGGAUCAAAUGGAAAAAUGGACUAAAAAUUUCAAAGACACUAGGAAUAGGAUACGAAAUGAAUUUGAUAAAAAAUUGGAAAUUACUUUAGGAAAGCCAACAAGUGAAGAUCAAACUGGAAAAAUCGGAACAGUUUCGACAAAAGUUGAAAAUCAACAAACAACAACAUCCAAAUUGGUAGAUAAAAUGACACAAUCUACAACGAAACCAGAAAAAAGUCAAACAACUAAAAUUGAACCUAUUCCACGUAUGAAAAAAGAAAAAUGGACUAUAGAAGAUGAAAUGGCUUUUUUAGCAAGUCACCAUCAUGAGAAAUAUCGACAGGAGUCAUCUAUAGAGGAUUGUAAAAAAAUGAUAAAAAAAUCAUCUGGUAAGGAAUUAGAAAGAUAUCAAAUACUAUUAGAAAGGCAUAUUGAUAAAAAACAAAAAUGUGAAGAAAUAAUAGCUAAUAGGAAAAAAGCUAUAAUAUCAGGUGAUGCUUUCAAAAUGGAAAAAAGUAAAAUGACUGAAUUAGAAUAUGCUAAUAAAAUAUUAGAUGAAUUAGAUAAAUAUGAUUUAAACCAGGCUGAUCAUCAAUCAAAAUCAAAAAAUCCCUUCAAAAUGUCUUCAUUAUUAAAACAUUCAAUGGAUCGAUUAAAACAUUGGUAUUUUGUUUAUGAAUUACGAACAUCAUUAUAUAUGUUGGAACCAUGGGAAAAGAAAUUAUUUAAUACCGUAAUGCUUACAAUUACGGCAAGUUGUUGUUAUUUUACUUAUCGUUUUUUACCAUCAUAUGCUCAUGCUCUAUUCGAAUAUUUUGGCAUCAUUUGAUUCAAUCAUCAUUCGAAACUAUUUUCACUCAACAUUCAAAUUCAAAAUUAUCAUUUUAUUAUUUAAAAAAAUGAAGUAAAAAAUAAUAAUGUUUAUGUUUUAAUAAAUUUCAUAUUUU